AAAUCAUGUGUGCUUCCUCUUGGCCCAUGGCACACACGGCACUCUGACUAANGAUGAGUACCCCAUCCCCGGUCACAGUAAUUUCUCUUCUGCUUUUUUUCCCCCACAGGAGCUUCUGCAGGUGUGACUGAACUCUGAACGUGAGCUACAGCAUGGAAGCCAAAGGAGGAACCGUGAAAGCUGCUUCAGGAUUCAACGCAACUGAAGAUGCCCAGGCCCUGAGGAAGGCCAUGAAAGGCCUCGGUACUGAUGAAGAUGCCAUCAUCGGAAUCUUAGCCUACCGAAGCACCGCCCAGCGCCAGGAGAUCAGGAGUGCCUACAAGAGCACCAUCGGCAGGGACCUGAUUGAGGACUUGAAGUCGGAGCUGAGCAGCAACUUUGAGCAGGUGAUCCUGGGGCUGAUGACACCCACGGUGCUGUAUGACGUACAGGAGCUGCGGAGGGCCAUGAAGGGAGCUGGCACGGAUGAGGGCUGUCUGAUUGAGAUCCUGGCCUCCCGUACCCCUGAGGAGAUUCGUCGCAUCAACCAGACGUACCAGCAGCCAUUGGGCAGGUCUCUUCCCUACCGUCUCCAUGGGUACUUGCUGCCAUGGUUACUAGUGUACCUCUCUUCCAUCUUCCCACAGGCUGGCAGGGAUGAAGGAAAUUACCUUGAUGAUGCUCUUAUGAAGCAGGANGCCCAGCUUACCCAGGUCAUUUCUCCUCUCCUACCAUGUGGGUCCCAGGGAUCAACUCAGGUCAUCAGGCUUAGCUGCCAGUGCCAGCCCAGGUCUCUAAACCACACUAUUUUGUUAUUGGUCAUAGUGUUUGAUGAAUACAAAAGAAUCUCACAGAAGGACAUUGAACAGAGCAUUAAGUCUGAGACAUCUGGAAGCUUUGAAGAUGCCCUGUUGGCUAUAGUGAAGUGCAUGCGGAGUAAACCUUCAUAUUUCGCUGAGAGACUUUAUAAAUCCAUGAAGGUAAGUAGCUGUGCUUUGAUCAUUUGAAAGACCUAUGGCAUGUCUUUUAUUCGCCUUCUUAAGUU